AUGUUUAUCUGUCUGUCGGCUGGACUGGUGCUGAUCGGAGCUCCAACAUGCCCUUUUGGAACUUUUGACUGCGGCCAAUCAGUCUGCAUCACCGUGUUCUGGCAGUGUGAUGGUUUCCAGGACUGUGAUGACGGAAGCGAUGAAGAAGAUUGCGUUGGUUGUCGUAAUUUCUGUUUCCUUGACGGUUCGCGGGGAGGAUGCUGGUGUGACGGUGCCUGCGAGCUCUACGGAGAUUGCUGCGAAGACUAUUACGUCUAUUGCACGCUUCCAGAUUAUCCCACGGAAUCACCAGAUGUCGACGAAUGUGACCCGGAUGAUCCUCUACAUGACUGUGAUGAGAAUGCUUACUGUGUGGACACGGCUCAGAGCUUUUACUGCGUGUGCAACGUUGGAUAUACUGGAAAUGGUUCAUCGUGCGCAGAUGUUGAGCCUCCGGACAUUUCUUGCGCCAAUAAUCUGACGGUUUACACGGACUGUCACAAGAGCUUCUCAACAAUCUCUCUGCCUGAUGUCCAUUCUGUAUAUGACAACUCUGGAGCAUCGUACACCAUCACCGUCCAAGUAAACGGCUCUCCAUACGAGAUUGGUGACACUGUCACUUUCGAUCUUGAGACGUCUCCACAUUUGAUGCGCUACAAAGCGACCGACCAGUCAUCGAAUAGUGCAACGUGCGACACACUCGUCAUCGUUUCCUCCGUGAACGACGGUGAGUCUUGCCUAGCUACUGGUAGCCCAAACAGCUGCAUAUGUUCUUCAAAUCAGCCAAGGGAUUGCAUGUGUUCGUCAGGAUUUUGUGGACAUGAUUGCUCACUGAACGACGUGGGAACUGAAUGUACUGGACCCAACACACCCUUUCGAAAUUGCAAGGACAUCAAUGAAUGCUUUUCAGGAUUCACAGGUCCACAGUGCAAUGAACUGAGCGCCGCAACAAAUUGUCCAGAAGUUGCAAACGAGUGUCUAAAACAGGGCGUGACCUCCGUGUCAAUCACGUGGACCCAAGUCGCAGCUGUCGAGCCAUCUGGUCAACCAAUCUUUCCUUCUGACAUCACUUGCGUGGAUAUCACCGACGGGGCUAGUGUCACACUCACAGGGGGCGUGUUUGGGAUAGGGACGCACGAAGUUGUCUGUUCUUCGGAUACGCAGAACGGUGUCGUCCCACAGUGUUUGAUCUCCUUUACUGUUUCAACCUAUCCCGUUCUCGGAGUUCCAAAUUUAGGCGACCAGUGCACCAAUCCAGGACAGGAAACAUCAACAGUAACUUGGAGUGUAGUACCAGCCACAGCCGCUGGUGACCUAGUCGUCACCUGCACAGAUUCUGGAGAUGGAAUGGACGUGGGCGCAUCAGGAGGUGUAUUUGGAGUAGGAACUCACGUUAUAACAUGCACUGCCAUCAAUUCAGGUGGAUGUGUCAGAUCGAAAGCAUUUGGAUUCAACGUCAUUGUUGGUAAUCACAUUCCAUUUGGGCUGGAGGUUGGCGAUUCUCUUCUAUCACAAGCAAUACAAAAGAAGCAGCAGUCCAAGAAGGAUUUGAUAUCUCCAACUAUUUAUCCGCCGAAUUUCUUCCCCUUUUGCGAUGAGCUGUUUGAGAAAAUUUACUUCACUGACAACGGCGUGAUUGUUCUGUCGAAUGAUAAAAGCCUCGAUAAAUUUGCGUUUCCUGGUACCAAAAGUCCAGCGUUUCCUAACGGUCUGAAAAUGAUAGCACCAUUCUGGGCGGAUGUCAAAGCAGAUGCUUUUUCCAACAAAAGGAACGUCUUCUGGCAGGUGUAUGACCAGUACGAUCCCAACACCAACCAAGACAUGUUAGAUAUGAUCAAAGCCAUUGUAUCAACUGCCAUGGGAGCUCAGAACUACACGGCAGCAGCAUACUGGGCACUAGUUGUCACUUGGAGUAAUGUUCAACCAGUUUCAAUCGCAGCUGAUACGAACACAUUCCAGGCCAUACUCCUGACGGAUUCCAUCCAUAGCUAUGUCAUAUUCAACUACGAUCCUUGUAACAUGAAUUGGGACACCGCCUUUCUAGCCAACAAAAACGUCAUCCUGGGCUACACGUGCGGUGUUUCUAGCCAGAGCGUAUACGUGGAUGUCCCUGCGGAUUCGUUGUUCCGUCCAGGAAGCAUCGUCGGGAAUUCAGGGCAGAAAGGCCGCUGGGUGUUCCAACUUGACAGCCUCCCAGAUGACUUCAUCAACCCGCGCUUAUCAUGCCGUAACUGGCACAGUCAUCAGCAACCGUAUCCAGUCUUCGACGUGUACUACCCUCCGUUUGCCAACACGUGUCCCUGCAGUUUGAUAAUGGCCUGGUUCGAUUGGAGAUUUCUUAGCAUAUGGUGGUGGCAUCCUUAUUUUGUUCCUGAGGGGGUCGUCUGGGAUUACUUUCAAGACAGAUCCGUCACUUGCUUCGUGCGACUGUAUCAAGCCCCGGGCACCCCUGGCCCACAAUGCUGCUAUAAGAGAUCGACUGGUGAUCUCCUGCUCGACAUCAGGAAUCCUCGAGUCGCUUCAGUCUUUGAGAGGUUUCCAUUCAGUCCAUUAUUCCACACGCCUGAUGUGUUUCAGAAGUGGUACGAGGAAGAGGUUCUUUCCCGCUAUUACUGUUGUGAAAGUUCGACCCUGUGUGACCUGUAUACUGAAACUCGCCCUCUCAUGACUUGCUCUCACUAUCUGCCAACGUUUUGGGGUUGGUUUUGGGGAGAUCCGCACGUGAGAACACUGGAUGGUCUGGACUACACCUUCAAUGGUCUGGGUGAAUACACACUGGUCCUGAUUGAAGACGUAGAAAGAGGCGAACAACUGUUCGAGCUUCAAGGCCGCACGCAGAGAGUGGUUGACCGCAAAACGGAGCAACUAACUGAUGCUACCGAGUACAGCGGCUUUGCGGCUUUAGACAGUGUCAGCGGUUCCAGGGUUGAAAUAAAACUGAACGAAGACGCCACAGACCUUAUAACGACAGUCAAUGGGGAAGUGGUUGAACCCACAAUGGCAGGAUUGAUGUUUGAUGACUUAACUGUGAAGAGGGAGGAGGAGCCUUCAAAAGUGGUGGCAUCAUUUGCUUCAGAUAUCCAGUUUUCCGUCGGAGUGAACAACAGUUUUGUUGACAUCACUGUCCAACUUAGCCAAGAUUACAGAGGAAGGACUAAAGGCCUAUUGGGUGUUUGGGAUGGAAACAAGACUAAUGAUGUCCUGAAGCGUAACGGUACACUUCAACAACCCACCGGUGCUGAUGGGGAGAUGCUUGAACGCGACUACUUUGAUUUCGGCGAAACCUGGCGUGUUUCCGUCAAUGAUUCCCACUUCUACUACUUGCCACCCGAGGAGAGCUGGGACAACAUGAAUGACCUGUCCUUCCAACCGAAAUUCCUGGAGGAUUUACUAAACAGCGUGGAUGCAGAGACACGCCAAAAGGUGGAAGAGGUUUGUGGGGAGAGCAGAGAGUGUCUGUACGACUCGUUGGCACUGAAUGAUACGUCAAUCGGAAUGGCCACUCUGGAACUUAAUGAAAAGAACAGUGCAGACCUCGAAUCAGCAACCAAUUACCCGCCCAAAUGGACGCCCAUUGCGAGCAUUAAGGCAACCGUCGGACAGACACUCAUCCUGCAAUUGGAAGCUAUGGAUCCAGAUGGGGACGAGGUUGCAUAUCACCUGCUCGAGGCGGUUGAAAGUGCCGUUAUUACAGAAGGAGAUGGCCUUUUUACCUGGACACCAGUUGACAAGUCAAAGGUCAAGGUCGGUUUCUUAGCAACAGAUGGACGAACUAAUUCUACAAUUGAGCCAAUAGUGAAUCUUUGUGACUGCCAAAAUGGCGGAACGUGUCUCUCGGAUCAGUAUGCUGACGGUACCAAUCUCAUUCAAGACCGCUUUGGGGUUUUGUUGUGCGAGUGUGAGCCAGGUUGGACCGGAGAGUUCUGUCAGACAAACUAUGACGCGUGCGCAGACAGUCCAUGUUUCCUGGGCGUCGAGUGCGUAGAUGAAGACCCGCCAUCUUUGAAUAGCACAUGUGGAUCUUGUCCAGAGGGACUUGAAGGCGAUGGAAAAACCUGCACAGAUAUCGAUGAGUGUGAGUUGUACAAAGAUGAGCCAGCCAGCAAUGGCGGGCGUGGAUGUGAUCAGAUCUGCGAGAACACCCUGCUGGGUUUUAAAUGUAGCUGCAACACGGGAUACUAUCUGGACGAGGAUGGGAAGACUUGCCUGGAACUAUUAGUUUCCAGCUGUUUGAAUGGAGGGGAAUUUGAUGAAGACACUCGUGAGUGUAUCUGUCCAUUGAUAUAUUCUGGACCUACCUGCGCAGAUGAGAAUCCUUGUUUGUCUAAUAGCAGUUUAUGUUCAGAGACUGGUCAGCAUUGUUUACCAGAUGAAAACGAAGAGGGCUUCGCAUGUCACUGCCGCGGUUAUGAAGGAUACGUCCAAAGCGACGAUGGGUCGUGUAAACAAUACCCUUCAAUUGGAGUGGUGAUCAGAGCACUAUUGAACUUCUCCGAUUCCUACACGAAUCCAACGUCUACCGCGUUCAAAACCACUGCUGCAAUGUUUGAACGGGCGAUCAUGAAUACGCUGGAGGCAAAUCCGACCACAAGUAACGCUGUAUCAGUGCAAGUGACAAAGAUGGAAGCAGGCAGUUUGAUUGUCACGUUUGUGGUAUCAUUCCCUGAGAAUGGAGCGCCCUCUCUAGUCAACCUGGAACAAGUUUUGUCAAGUAGUGCCAGCCUGAUUGAUGGCAGUACAACGAUUCCUAUCGAUCCGGAGUCAGUUCGUGCUCAAGAGGUUCUGACAACCUGCCCCAGUGAUCACUGCCUUAACGGUGGGACAUGUGAAAGGCCCAGCUUCUCCCCAUGGUUCAUUUGCAGUUGCUCGGCUGGAUACACCGGGGAGCGAUGCGAGACGCAGCUUGAUCCAAUACCAAGUGAUGGUGGUCUGCCUACCGUCGCUUUAGUGUUUAUCAUCCUAUGCUCCCUCUGUCUUGUCCUCGUCGUGGUAUUUCUGCUUCUCUACAUUGUGGUUCGGAAAAAGAACAAAGUGGACCCCGCCUUCAGCGGCAGCCAGAGCCCGUCGGGAGACGCUGACAGUCUUGACCACCGUGACGAUCACGCCUUGGUGCCCGUCGAAGAAGGGAUGAGAAUGAAAACUCUGCACCGGGAAGCCUUCCUGCCACCAACCACUCGCAAGGAUAUGGAGAUACGUAAGAUAACCGUCAAGGAGGACAUUAAGGAGAUUUAACUUGAGCCAUAUUGCACGGACUGAAGGCAAUGGUUGCAGCUGUCGUGACAUUCUCUUCAUACAACGUAACUAAGGAUGAACUUUUGUAACGUCUCUUGUCUGGUUUUGUACAAAUGUAGAGAUGAUUGCUAUUGGUUCAUAAAAUGUCAAUCUCGAUUAUAGAUUGUGUUUAAUACGCAAUGUUAAUUUUUGAGUAAAAAUAAUUCAAGCAUUUUACAGAGCAUAUAAAAGUAUCAAAUGCGUUUGGUUUUACAAUAAGGUCAACGUAAACAAUCAAACACCUCGUGAAUCAUUCUUUAAACUAAAAGUGGAUUUUGAGUUACAUUGCAACAUUUGUAAUUUGUCAAAAAUAGCUCAUAAGAAGAGCAAACGUUUUACAGAUCGAAGUUCGCUGAACUUUAAUGACGUAUUCUGGUGGAGAAUAAAGAGGUUGAUAUGAGACCGUUCUUUGAAGAACUAUUAAUAAUAGUAAACAAUCGUAGCAGUAGUUAUUACCACAUGGUGUUACCGCAAACCGAAACGAUAGACGUAUUUUCACCGAAAUUGCCCGUCUUAUCUUACACCAGUCGAAUUUUACUUGAAUAAGCCAUUGGUAAUAGGCCUACUUUUGUCAUUUCCCUUCAUAUUAAGACUAUUCAACACCCAAAGCUUUGAGAACGAUUUAUUGUAAUGUUUUGCAUGUAAAUACGCUAUUGGUUUGAUUUUCAUUGUUGCUUUUGGUAAUUGUGACUGUUAUAUUGUCUAAGAAGAAGGUUAGUGGGGUUUUGUUACUUUUCAGAUAUUCAGGCGAAAUAAGUGCAUCAUUUUGGUAUUAACCUAAUUAGUUUUACCCAAUAAUAAUUCAUUGUAUGUAGGGUCUGAGGGACGUUUGUUGAUUUCUUAACCCAAAGUUCUCGCCCGUUGUUCAUUUUGGUAAUAACAAAACUAUCCAGAUAAUUUGCCACUUUUGUUCGCAAAAUGAUUCCCCUAUAGAAAAUAUAUAAAUACAGUAGUUGUUUGUGUAGGGAAAGUGGCCGCUUUGCAGGGGCAGAUCCAGGAUUUUGUUAAGGAAGGUGACCAUUAUUGUUUUUAUUUGUAGGGAGUAUAUGAACUAUUGCAAUGCCGUAAUUGAAGCUGCAUACCCCGUGUUCGUCAAGCAAAAUGGACUUUUUUCUCCUAUCGAAUUUUCAAUUUGAAUAUUUUGUUUUAACGAAAAACUAGCCUAGUUUAUUCCAACUCUAGGCGUCUGUAACCCUCUAAAACGAAGCUUCCAUUUUGCGCACAAAAUUAACUCGCCCUGCAAGAGCCGCUUAUAGUAGGUUCGCCAAUAAUUUGGAAUUUUUAAAGAAAUAAUUCAAAAACUAGACGUUGGGGUAUUGUGUUUUUGUUCGAUGUCUCAUUUCAAAGUGAACAACUAUUAAAUUGCUAAGGAAAAUAGCAAUUGAAAAGACGCAUCUAUUUUUCGGGGUGAAACUCCUCAUGGUACGAGGCAUUAACUAAAUUAAUGAAAUUCAUAAGCGCGUGGGCGCUGUAUACAUCCGCCCAUGACAUCGCCUUCUCUGUUUCCAAAAAGUGAAAAUGAAAAUCUGAGACAGCUAUGUUUGCAAACUGUGCCGCCGUUUCCUCCUGUUUCAGUGCAUGUAUGAAAGGAAAAAGUGACUACAGACCAUUAGCGGCCGUUUCAACUCCUGGUAUGCGUGCGCAUACAUCCUAACGUCAUACACUAAAUCGUCUAUGGUGGAUGUUGUUCCUGCAUUAUUUACUGUUUGUCCCAUACUCAGACUUAAUUUUUUGAAUUUGUUUUUUCUGCAAUUAUAUAUGCAAUACUCAGAAUUUUGAUUGUUGUGAGCCGACGAAUGGGCGGUUAUACCUUACUUGAGAACUUAAUCUCGAUCAAAUUAAUGAUACAUGGUAAAUGAGAUUUUAAUUAAAGAAUUUGCUUGCAAAAUUA